AAAUAAAACACGAGGAACCAGAAACUUUUAAAAUAAAACAAGAGGAACAAGGAGAAUUCAUUGAAGAAAAAGAGGAAAAUGAAGAAUCAAGUGAAGUUGAGGAGAAAAAUCAUGUCAAAAUUGGCAGAAAACUUUGCAAGUGCGGUAAGAGUUUCACACAAUCAUCAAACCUCAAGGAUCACAUGAACAUCCACACUGGAGAGAAGCAGCACGCAUGUGAUCAAUGUGGUAAAAUGUUUUUAUUGGCUUCACUUCUGAAGAAACACUUGAAAGUUCAUGCAAAGAAGAAGCCACAUUCAUGUCAUUUGUGUGGUAAGAGUUUUUUGCAUCUACAAAGUUUGAAAGUACAUCAGAAAAUACAUACUGGUGUGAGAGAGUACGUGUGCGUUGAGUGUGAAAAAACUUUUAGUUCAGUGAGCAGUUUAAAACUGCACGAGAGGAUUCACACUGGAGAGAAACCUUACAAGUGUUCACACUGUGACAAGAGAUUCAAUCAAUCAGCAUAUCUGAAAACACAUGAGAGGAUUCACACUGGAGAGAAACCUUACAAGUGUUCACACUGUGACAAGAGAUUCAAUCAAUCAGCAUAUCUGAAAACACAUGAGAGGAUUCACACUGGAGAGAAACCUUACAAGUGUUCACACUGUGACAAGAGAUUCAGUCGUUCAUCAAAUCUGAAAACACAUGAGAGGAUCCACACUGGAGAGAAACCUUACAAGUGUUCACACUGUGACAAGAGAUUCAGUCAUUUAUCACAUCUGAAAACACAUGAGAGGAUCCACACUGGAGAGAAACCUUACAAGUGUUCACACUGUGACAAGAAAUGCAGUGAUUCAUCAACUCUGAAAAGACAUGAGAGGAUUCACACUGGAGAGAAACCUUACAAGUGUUCACACUGUGACAAGAGACUCAGUGAUUUAUCAAGUUUGAAAACACAUGAGAGGUUCCACACUGAAGAGAAAAUUUAUAAGUGUUCACACUGUGACAAGAGAUUCAAUAAUUUAUCACAUCUGAAAACACAUGAGAGGAUUCACACCGGAGAGAAACAUUACAAGUGUUCACACUGUGACAAGAAAUGCAGUGAUUCAUCAACUCUGAAAACACAUGAGAGGAUCCACACUGGAGAGAAACCUUACAAGUGUUCACACUGUGUCAAGAGAUUCAGUAAUUCAUCAAAUCUGAAAACACAUGAGAGGAUCCACACUGGAGAGAAACCUUACAAGUGUUCACACUGUGACAAGAGAUUCAGUGAUUUAUCAAGUUUGAAAACACAUGAGAGGAUUCACACUGGAGAGAAACCUUACAAGUGUUCACACUGUGUCAAGAGAUUCAGUCGUUCAUCAAAUCUGAAAACACAUGAGAGGAUCCACACUGGAGAGAAACCUUACAAGUGUUCACAUUGUGACAAGAGAUUCAAUCAUUUAUCAAGUCUGAAAACACAUGAGAGGUUCCACACUGAAGAGAAAAUGUAUAAGUGUUCACACUGUGACAAGAGAUUCAAUAAGUUAUCACAUCUGAAAACACAUGAGAGGAUCCACACUGGAGAGAAACCUUACAAGUGUUCACACUGUGACAAGAGAUUCUGUCAGACAAGAGAUCUAAAAAAACAUGAGAGGAUUCACACUGGAGAGAAACCUUGUAAGUGUUCACACUGUGACAAGAGAUUCAAUAAUUUAUCACAUCUGAAAACACAUGAGAGGAUUCACACCGGAGAGAAACCUUACAAGUGUUCACACUGUGACAAGAGAUUCAGUCAGACAAGAGAUCUGAAAAAACAUGAGAGGAUUCACACUGGAGAGAAAAUACAUCACCGCAACGUACCUGGGAAGCGUAUCAUUAAGUCAUCUGUUAUACAAAAAAAACAAUCAAAGUAAGGCCCUGUACAUGCGGAGACACAUUUAGUUGUAUAUGUAAAUAUUUUGUAUGGUAUAUGCGUUUUGUCCAGACGGAUCCGGCAUUCGGGGCAGUGAAAAGGCAAUUUUCUUUUAAACCAGGUCCCAGAGUGGAUAAAUCUGAAAAUGACACCUUUGGGGUUUUGUGUUCUGCCAAUCCAUAUAUUUUGUGAAACAAUGAUGUCAUCACCCCACAUCUCUACUAUAUUCAGACACCAAAAAUUAUCCAGACUCCAGAUAUAAUUUUUUUAAUACAUAUUUUACUAGUAGGUACUGGACACUAAUACAUUUAUGUAAGUGAGUAUAAGCAAACUGUGACAUAUUAUACCCAAAGAAUCUUCAUACAGUGAACU